CCCCAGAGACGCGCAGCGGCGAGAGGACCCUGGCCGCGGGGAGCCGGGUCCCCGCACCCGAGCGGAGAAACGGGCUGCUUGGCUCCAUCGCGGGGCCUGGGGCGGGGGGGCACAGAACUGCGGAGCCUGCGGCCGGCGGAAGGGUGGCUCUAGAAGGAGGAGGGAGAGUAAAGGAAGAGGAAGAAUUGAAAGAGCGCCUUUCAGAAGAAAAGGGAAGCAAGCUUGGCUGCAGACCCCAGUCUUAAAAAGCAGUGGCCCUGCCUGGGAGCAGGGUGGUGGCCAGGGCAAUGGUGGGAGACCCGAAGAUGCCCCAUGGCUGCUGAGGGGGCUGCCCGGUCAGGGAGCAGAGUGGCGGGCAUGGUGUGCAGUCUCUGGGUCCUGGUGCUGGGGUCCUCAGUUCUGGCUCUGGAAGAGGUGCUGCUGGACACCACUGGAGAGACAUCUGAGAUUGGCUGGCUCACCUACCCGCCAGGUGGGUGGGAUGAAGUGAGCGUUCUAGACGACCAGCGACGCCUGACUCGGACCUUCGAGGCAUGCCACGUGGCAGGGGCUCCUCCGGGCACUGGGCAAGACAAUUGGUUACAGACACACUUCGUGGAGCGACGCGGAGCACAGAGGGCACACAUCCGACUGCACUUCUCCGUGCGCGCAUGCGCCAGCCUGGGCGUGGCCGGGGGCACCUGCCGAGAGACCUUCACCCUUUACUAUCGCCAGGCCGAGGAGCCGGAUGGGCCCGACAGCGUUUCCGCCUGGCACCUCAAACGCUGGAUCAAGGUGGACACCAUCGCCGCGGACGAGAGCUUCCCGGCCUCCUCGGUGUGGGCGGUAGGCCCGCGUGGGGCCGGGCAGCGCACCGGGCUGCAGCUCAACGUCAAAGAGAGGAGCUUCGGCCCCCUCACCCAGCGUGGCUUCUACGUGGCCUUCCAGGACACGGGGGCCUGCCUGGCCCUGGUGGCGGUCAAGCUCUUCUCCUACACCUGCCCCUCCGUCCUCCGCGCCUUCGCCUUCUUCCCUGAGACGCAGGCCAGUGGGGCCGGGGGCGCCUCCCUGGUGGCAGCCGUGGGCACCUGUGUGGCUCACGCGGAGCCAGAGGAGGAUGGAGGCGGGGGCCAGGCGGGGGGUAGCCCUCCGAGGCUGCACUGCAAUGGGGAGGGCAAGUGGAUGGUAGCGGUUGGGGGCUGCCGUUGCCAGCCGGGACACCAGCCCGGCCGCGGAGACAAGGCCUGCCAAGCCUGCCCGGAGGGGUCCUACAAGGCCUUGGCUGGGAACACACCCUGCUUACCGUGCCCCGCCCGCAGCCAUGCCCCCAAUGCUGCAGCCCCUGUUUGCCCUUGCCUUGAGGGCUUCUACAGGGCCAGUUCAGACCCCCCAGAGACCCCCUGCACUGGCCCUCCAUCAGCUCCCCGGGAGCUUUGGUUCGAGGUACAAGGCUCAGUGCUCAUGCUGCACUGGCGCCUGCCUCAGGAGCUGGGGGGACGAGGGGACCUGCUCUUCAAUGUCGUGUGCAAGGAAUGUGGAGGCCACCGGGAGCCGGGCUCGGGCACCGGGGGUGCUUGUCACCGCUGCAGGGAUGAGGUGCACUUCGACCCCCGCCAGAGGGGCCUGACUGAGAGCCGAGUGUUAGUUGGGGGGCUCCGGGCACAUGUGCCCUACAUCUUGGAGGUGCAGGCUGUGAACGGGGUGUCAGAGCUCAGCCCCGACCCUCCCCAAGCUGCCGCCAUCAACGUCAGCACCAGCCAUGCAGUUCCCUCUGCAGUCCCUGCGUUGCACCAGGUAAGCCGGGCAUCCAACAGCAUCACGGUGUCCUGGCCACAGCCAGAGCAGACCAACGGGAACAUCCUGGACUAUCAGCUCCGCUACUAUGACCAGGCAGAAGAUGAAUCCCACUCCUUCACCCUGACCAGCGAGACCAACACGGCCACCGUGACCCAGCUGAGUCCUGGCCACAUCUACGGCUUCCAAGUGCGGGCACGGACUGCCGCAGGUCACGGCCCCUAUGGGGGCAAGGUCUAUUUCCAGACUCUGCCUCAAGGUGAGCUGUCCACCCAACUUCCAGAGAGACUCUCCUUGGUAAUUGGGUCCAUCCUGGGGGCCUUGGCCUUCCUCCUGCUGGCGGCCAUUACCGUGCUGGCUGUUGUCUUCCAGAGGAAGCGGCGUGGGACAGGCUACACAGAGCAACUCCAGCAGUACAGCAGUCCAGGUCUUGGGGUGAAGUAUUACAUCGACCCUUCCACAUAUGAGGACCCCUGCCAGGCCAUCCGAGAGUUUACCAGGGAGGUGGAUCCUGCAUAUAUCAAGAUCGAGGAGGUCAUUGGGGCAGGCUCCUUUGGAGAAGUACGCAGGGGCCGCCUGCAGCCCCGGGGACGGCGGGAGCAGGCCGUGGCCAUCCAGGCCCUGUGGGCUGGAGGUGCGGAGAGCCUCCAGAUGACCUUUCUAGGCCAGGCUGCAGUGUUGGGCCAGUUCCAGCACCCCAACAUCCUGCGGCUGGAGGGCGUUGUCACCAAGAGCCGGCCCCUCAUGGUGCUGACGGAACUCAUGGAGCUGGGCCCCCUGGACAGCUUCCUCAGGCAGCGGGAGGGCCAGUUCAGCAGCCUGCAGCUGGUGGCCAUGCAGCGGGGAGUGGCAGCCGCCAUGCAGUACCUGUCCAGCUUCGCCUUCGUGCACCGCGCGCUCUCUGCCCACAGCGUGCUGGUGAAUAGCCACCUGGUGUGCAAAGUGGCUCGUCUUGGCCACAGUCCUCAGGGCCCAAGUUGUAUGCUUCGCUGGGCAGCCCCAGAAGUUAUAGCACAUGGAAAACAUACCACCUCCAGUGACGUCUGGAGCUUUGGGAUAGUGAUGUGGGAAGUGAUGAGCUAUGGAGAGCGGCCCUACUGGGACAUGAGUGACCAGGAGGUGCUAAAUGCAAUAGAGCAGGAGUUCCGGCUUCCCCCGCCUCCAGGCUGUCCUCCUGGACUACACCUGCUUAUGCUAGACACUUGGCAGAAGGACCGUACCCAGCGGCCUCAUUUUGACCAUCUGGUGGCUGCAUUUGACAAGAUGAUCCGAAAACCAGACACUCUGCAGGCUGAUGGGGGCCCUGGGGACAGACCCUCCCAGGCCCUUCUGAACCCUGUGGCCCUGGACUUUCCUUCUCUGGACUCACCCCAGGCCUGGCUUUCGGCCAUCGGACUGGAGUGCUACCAAGACAACUUCUCCAAGUUUGGUCUCUGCACCUUCAGUGAUGUGGCUCAGCUCAGCCUGGAAGACCUGCCCACCCUGGGCAUCACACUGGCUGGCCACCAGAAGAAGCUGUUGCACAAUAUCCAGCUCCUGCAGCAGCACCUGAGGGAGCUGGGCUCCGUGGAAGUCUGAGGCCGGGCAGGCGGCUGUGAGGGGACGAUGCCUAUGUCCCAGCCCCAGACACAGGCCCAAGGAAGGACAAGGAACACCAGAGCCCGUCUCCAUCUUGGCCUCGGCAAGAGGCGCCUGCCACACUACACCCCACCCUCUGGACGCUUCACUCCCUAGUCCUCUGCCCUCCUCCGCCCUCCCCUGCAUUAAAGGCAAAGAAGAAAUUUUGCAAGUUG